AUGACAAUCAACUUGCCCCAUUGUCAACUUUCCCUGAAGACAAUGCCGGUCAUCAGGCGUUUGACCGUGCGUGGCGGCACAGGUGAGAGGCGGCGAAGGGCGUGUCCGAAGCCGUGAUGCGACUGGCGGCUGCCCCUCCGCAUCCAGGACUUGGUCUUCUUCCAUCGAGAAAUGAACGCUGGAGGCGGAGGCGAGGCCGAAACCCCCGUCGCCGUCCAUCAGCUCCACUACGGAACUGCUGCCGGCAGUGCCUCCGUCCUGCACCAUCACCACCACCAUCAUCACGUCCAUCCUCAUGCUCACUAUCACCAUGAACUCAUGCAUUUCGCUCCCACCAUCGCUUUCCCGCACCUCGACCAGCUCACCAAUAGCUGGUGCGGCAAUCCAUUCACUGCCACGACUGCCACGGCGGCUAGUUAUCCGGAGAUGCAGCCUGUUGAGCAACAGACUUAUGAGGCUGAGGUGAGAAUUUUUGACCUGAAAUCAAUUUUGAUACUUUCAAUGGUCUUGGUGCGAAAAUUUUUUUUCCUUUUUUUCUCGUUUUUUCAAAAACUAUAUAGAAGUUCAUAUUAUUAAGUGUUUUUUUAAAUCUUUUUCCAGUUAUUAUAAAGGUUCCCUGAGUUUUUGAAAAAGAAAGAAACACUUUCCUGCGACUCAUUAAAAAAAUACAUAAGUACCAUUUAAAAAGUUUUUUUCUUAUCAUUUUUUUCUCUAAUAUUAAUUUUUUUAUAAAAAAACAAAAGUUCUUGCUUUCCCUAUUCAAAAAAACCCCAACAAAAUUUACGUUCUUUCAAAUUUAUUAUGCGCGUAUUUCUGUAAGAUUGCGUCGUUCCGCAACUUUGUUGUGUUUUUAACCUGGAGAAUUUUUUCAAUUUAAAAUUUCCUUUUUUUAUUUUUCUGCAACGAUAUGAGUUGAGGUUUGUUUCCUUCUAAUAUGUUUAUUUAUUUUGUUGGUGGAAAGCUUGAAAAGAUACGUGAAGUUAAACUUUAAAAAGUUCAGAUUGUUUCGAAAGAAAAAAGGCUCGUAAAAAAUGUCUGACAUUUUUGAAAAUUCAGGCUUUUUGUUAAUGUUGAUUUUAAACUAAUUUCCGGCUUUCCAAAUCUAAGAUUUUGAUAGUUUAUAAAUAAUUUUAUUGAUUUUUCAGUGUUGGAUCUCUUUCUAGGAAGCAACAGACUGGAUCGAUUUUUUUUUCAGGUAGCCUUGCUGAACUACCAGCAAUUAACAGCUGCUCCCAAGUAUGAUGCGAUGAAAUACGAGUAUGCCAAACAGUACGAUGAGCCUUCCCAAUCGAUUAUUUACCCAAAGGUGAGGAUUUAUCUGAAAUUUUUUUAUAGGGCGGUUUCUUUUUGAAUAUUUUUAAUGUCUGGUUUUUCGAGUCCUUGAUUGACUUAAAAAAAUUUUUUUGAUAUUUAUAACUUUUUUUGUCGGAUUUAUCUUAUUCUCUAUUUGCACUUUCUGUCAGAUUUUUUGUAGAUUUUUGGUUUUUUUGUCGAAAAACCUAAUAAGCUUUUUGAGAGCUCUACUUAGCUCCUUAAAAAGUGAAAAAAACUAAUUUUUCUUAUGAAUUAAUUUCAAAAAGUCGAGAUAUUUUUUUCAUUUUGAAUCCCACCUGACUGUUUCUUGUUUUUCAAGAAAAAGAUCAAUAAAUGUGCCAGUUUUUUUGUAGAUUUUUCCAAAAAGCGAUUUUAGAUUCUUACUAUUUUUUUGACAAUAGAACUAUGUGAAGUCUGAAAUUUUCAGGAUAUUCAGAUUUUCCAACAAAAAGAGGGGGAAAAAAAAGAGUUUUUGAGCCAAAUCACAGGAAAAUCUGAAGUUUCAAGAAAAAGAGAAAAACCACAUUCUUUAUCUUCCGCAGUCCUUUUUCGAUUUCUUUCUGCACCCCAAAAGAAAAAUGAUCUUUCCAUCUACACGGUACCUUCCAUCGCAGUCCGAAUAAUCAAAUCUUCACCAAAAACACCUCAAAAAGCGGAUCGAUACGGAAAAAACAGGCGCCGGUCACGACCGAACCUUACAGCAGCUGCCAAAAAAACCGCCCAUUCGAUCAUGUGUCUUUUCUGCUUGCAAUCAAAAACAAAACAAGGCGCUACUAUUCUUGGGAAAAAAAAAACGAACUAGCCACUUACACUUUUCCGCCAAUCGGUUACUUACCUGUUGCUUUGGUUUGCCUUUUUGGUUCCUGUAAUUGGGCUAGGUUCCUUGGGAAUGGGUCUUUCCGAAUUCAGAAUUGAUCCGGAUUAGGAUAUCACAUAGGAAGCUUAAAAUCUUCUUGCUAUCCUAAGGGUUUUGGUAGUUUUACGAGAUUUUUUAAAGGUUUGUAGUUCAGAUAAUGUACCCCCAGACUUACUAGAUUUUCAGAAAAAUAAAAAAAACGGCUUUUUAAAGUCCUUUUUGAGGCGUUUUUGACCCUAGGAUUUUCAGAAAAGCUUAUUGAUUAGAUAUUGAGAUGAAGUCACUAAGCUGUACAACUGAACGCACAGAAAAUUCAAGUUUUUUUGUUCGAAAUCGAAACAUCAAAUUCGUAUCAGAUUUUCUGAUUUUUCUAAUCAAGAAAGUUUUCAUUAGAAUCGUUUAGUUUUCAAAAAACUGACAAGUAUAAUCAAAGUUCCUCACAUUAUUGAUCCAUCACCGAGUUUAUAACUUUGGAAAAUAUUAGCAAUAGGUCCAUUAAAUGAUCUCAUUAAACCGAUUUGCCAUAAGAAAUAAUUUCAUCUUUGAAAACCAAUCCAGGCUUUUGUCUCAUUUCCACUUACAAACAAUUCUUCAAAUCACGAAAGUAAUUUUGGCUUGCCGAUAGGAGUAGAAGUUGAACGGUUACAACAGUUUCCAAUUUUUCCGUUUCACGUCACUCCAAAAAUAGAACCUAGGCAAUUUGAUAAAGAAAAUUCGUAAAUUAAAAUAACCAAGUGAAGUUUAAAAGAUUGUCAAUAAAAUACAAAGGCAAGCUCUUUUUUAUCUCCGAAAGUUUCUGUAAAAUUCAAGUUUUCUUAAAUACCACUUGAAUUACCAUUGGAAUUGAAUAGUGGGGUCUGAGCAGUUUUUCAAAAAUUCCAAUGGAGGCCCGCGAAAGUAGUUUUAGGGUCGGGAGCAUGUUUGACAAAAUAAUGAGUUAUCAAGCCCCUUCUUCAAAAAUGGACUCGUGAAUCCAAGUUUUCUCCUCAGGGAUAUUCCGUGAAAAUGGUAGCUCCGGUAGUCGAUUUAAAAUAAAAACAAUGUUAUUUGAGUAGAGCCGGCUUGAAGUAUCCAAUAGAGGCACGCGGAAGUAGUUUUGAGGUCUGGCGCAUGUUUAAAGUAGUCUUACAGUGUUCUAUUCUACUACAGAUUGACUCAAGACUCGAAAUUCCCCUCAAGACCCGAAAUUUCCUUCUCACGAGCCAUCGGUGAUAACGGUAGCGCCGACAGUCUGAGUAGUGCUUUAGGACCUUCAAUAUAAGCUCGCGAAAAUCUUUUUGUGGUCGGGCGCAUGUUUAAAGUAGUCUUACUGUCUUCCAUUGUAUCAAAAUUGACUCGUGACUCGAAAUUCCACUCAAGACCCGAAAUUUCUCUCUCAGGAGCCAUCGGUGAUAACGGUAGUACCGACAGUCGGAGUAGUGCUUUAGGACCUUCAAUAUAAGCUCGCGAAAAUCGUUUCAUGGUCGGGCGCAUGUUUAAAGUAAUCUUACGGUCUUCUAUUCUACUACAGAUUGACUCAAGACUUGAAAUUCCACUCAAAACUCGAAAUUCCACUCAAGACCCGAAAUUCCCUUCUCAGGAGCCAUCGGUGAUAACGGUAGCGCCGAAGGCCUCCUCGCCGUGCUCCGAACAGCAAGAGCCGUCGAAACCGACGACGCCCACGCCUCCUCUCUACGACGACAAGCAGAUGGUGACGUCGACGUCGGGCGAAGAUCUGCCAAUAAUGCCGCCGGCGAAGCGAGGUCGACCCACGGAGAAUCCUUGCUGGAACUACUUCAACCGAAUCGAUGAUCAGCUGGUCCGCUGCCGGCUUUGCGGCAAGGUGAGACGAUUUGUGAUCUUUUUGGGCGGUGUAGACAGUAAGUUGGAAGCGUUGAUCUUUUUUUGGGUUGGUUGGGAGGGUAGGCAGAUUAUUAUUUUUUGUUAAAGUUGGUCAAGUCCAAAAGAAGUUUAGGAGCUUUUAAGGAAGUUUAGAAGCUUUUAAAGAAGUUUAAGAAGCUUUUAAGGAAGUUUAGGAGCUUUUAAGGAAGUUCAGAAGUUUUUAAGGAAGUUUAGGAGCUUUUAAGGAAGUUUAGGAGCUUUUAAGGAAGUUUAGAAGCUUUUAAGGAAGUUUAGGAGCUUUUAAGAUACUAUUAGGCGAUAAAAAUGACCUGAUAAGGUCUCCUGAGGUCUUACCAUCACUCCAAAUGAAAGUGGACACUCUGAAAAGCUGAGAAAAGUUGAUUUUACCCAAAUCUGAGCUUUUUGACCUGAGUUAUAAUUUUUUUUUCGAUUUGGGAUUGGGUUUGAUCGCUUCAAGGGCUUUGAAUACUGCUGGAAAGCUAAAAAACUAUAUUUUUUACGGAUUUGUUCAGUAGGGAGGCAUUGAAUUUUUCUCAGAAGUUUGGAUCCGAUUUUAUAGAAAAUUUGGUUGAUAUGAAAGGUUAGAAGUGAUGAAUAAGGAUGAAAAUUAGGACCAUCUACGAAAUUUGGAAAAAAAAACCAAAAAAAAAGGUCAAAAGUAUAGGUUCUCCGAUUAUUUUGUCUUUAGGGCACACUUUCAGGUAGUAUAAUCAUUUUUUAAGGCUGAAUUUAGUUUGAACUUCUUUUCUUUAAGGUCAAUUCUCCAAUAAAACUUUCAUAAAAAUUCUCCAGGAUCCCAAAAAACGCCAUUUUCCCCUUCAAAAAUUCCCCCGUCUCCGUUCCACGACUCUUAAUGAAGAAUAAAACGCAAACCUAUACGUAUAUAGAUAAAAAAACGCUAGGCUUACUGUAGCUUUCCACCUGAAACCUGUUCCUUCAAGGGGAAAGAGAAGCUUGCGACAUUCGUUCGCCGAAAAAAAAAGACGCCCCAAACAAAGGUGGGCCGUUAUACGGAAGUGGCCCUUUCUAUUGUCUGGCCGUCGUUCAAAUUUGAUUUUUCACUUCUGGAGAAAAGUUGACGCCAUUUUUAUGGCUGGGAAAAUAGAAGUUUGGCGGUUGAUUAGCUGAUGUUUGCUUGGAAAUUCUUGGAGAGGUGAUAGGAAAAGAAGAAGAGUGUUUGUGGAGAAUUUUUGAGAAGGAAAAAUGGACGAAGGUUAGACUUUUUUGCGGUUUAGCUUGGGACAAAAGACGGGAUUUUUUUUUUCAAGGUUUUUGGAUUAUUGAAAUAAGACGGUGUUGAAUGAACUAGAUCAACUUUGGUUGAAAAAUGAAGAAAUUCAAAACAAAAAAAGAAACUGUAACUUCAUUUAAAUAAUAAAAAAACACCUAAUAUGUUGCUUUAAAUCACAACAAAAAAAUAUUAUGAACUUUCCCAGAUAUUUCUUACUUCUUACGGUUAGUGAAUUCCAUAAUCUACAACUUUUUCAAGUCCUCAAACUACAAAUAAACACAUUUCCGAGAUAAUUUAGCUACAAACUACGCAUAAAAUUGAAUGUCUCAAACACAAAAAAGAUGAUUUUCCGAAAAUUGCGAGUUUCCAGACGUUUCCUAUUGACAAAGUUCAAUGUUGAGCAAUCUAAACUUCAAAAAAAUAUUUAUAGCUUCAGUAAUUAUGGUCUGUUUCAACUUUUUUUCUGAAAGGUUAUAGUAAAAUCAUAGUUUCCUUUAAAAAGAAUCAGGUGACUUCAGAAAAGAGAUUUUUUUUUCUGAAAUUUUGGUUUAACUUUUUUGCCAGCUUCCUAAUUAAUACAGGUGGUUUUCUUAUUUUUCGGAAUAAAUGAAGUGAAUAGAAGACCCUCAAAUUUCAAUAAUUUAUGACUAGAAUAAAUGAAUAAAAUUCGUUAGGUUUUUUUGUAAUUUUUUUCUCAGAAAAUAACAACUUUUUUAGAAUUACUCUGAAUUUUUUUCCUUUAAAGUUGCUUCGAAAAUUUUCAAAUUUCGUUAACUUAAAGCUCAAAAUAUUCGAAACACAAAAUUGACGCGUUAGAACUAAAAGCAGCGGUUGAUUUUUCGUCGCUAUUCCUGUCCUUGGCCCCCUAACCCGUAUUGUUUCAAAUACCAACGCUCCUUCUUCUUUUUUCUCGCUCCCUUAAUGAACUUUCUCUCCGGGUCGAGCGCCAAAUUUCCGAGAUUUUUUCCCGCUAAAGAUAAGAACUUGAAUCGUACUUUGAAGAAGUGGGGACGGAAAAAGAAGAGAAGAAUGUUUAGGGAGAAAGACAAGAAUGUUAUAGUCAUUUUUCUCGACUUGAAAAACGAGAUGGGUAGAUCGGGAAAGGUGACGCGUUGCGUGUGCGACGCGGCUUUUGGUGGAGAACUUGAAGUAAAACGAUAAUCAUCAUUUUUUUCUCCUUUUUUUCGACAGUUUUUUUCAAUAACUUAAUUAUUUUGGGCUUUGAAGAGAAGACAAACGCAAUCCUUGCAAAAAAAUUGAAAAAAACUAGUUUUUUUAAAUUUUUGAACGUUCAUUCGUUCAAAUCAGUCUUUUCAAAAAUUUUUAAAAAAAAUCAAAUAUUACCGUGAAAAAAGAAGAAAAAAACUUGAAAAGUGGCUACUCGGGUUUGAAUUCAAGCUUCCCGCCGAAAAGCCGCGUCACCCUACCCAUUUUGCCUACCGAAUGGAUUGACUAAAUCUGCGGAAAUUUAAAAAGACAGAAUUUGCAAUUGCAGGUCGUCAAGUCGGCUUGCGCCACAAAUAUGACCAAACACUUGGAAAGACAUCACCAGACGGAUUAUCACAAGCUUUUGAUCCAAGUUCGGGCUUAUCGACAAAUCGAGAAUAUUCGGUUGGUUUUCGAACCAAAAUUUCCACGAAUUUGAGAUUUUUAGGACUUUUUCUCUUUAUGCUAUGCCGUGUUCAAAGUGAUUCCGCGAAACCCAAAAAAGUCGUUAGAGAAAGAAAAAGAUAAUCGAAUUUUGGAGGGUCAGAGAUAAUUUUGCAUUUCGCGGAAUUUACUUUGAACACGGCAUUAGUCUCUCAUCUGGAGAGUCUAUUUGAAAAUUAUUUCCUUCAAAAAUCGGUUGAAUCAGAGAAAAAGAACCGAAGUUCAUAUCGGGUCUAAAGAUUCAAUUUCAGGCCACCUAUUCACCAAACUCUUUCUUUUUCGAAUAGGUCAACUAUCAUUAUGAGUCACAGUUGUUUGUAGUUUCACUUCCUCGUUGACUUGCUGAAUAAAGUAGACAAGUAGAUAAAUUCUGUUCGCUGAAAAAAAGGUAGUUUGGUCGGUACCCUGGUUUGCUUAACAGAUCAUUUAUUUUUUCGAAAAAAUUGCUACUAGGGCUACGUUCACUAAAGACAAACUCCUUGAAAACCGUUUAAAAAACUUUUUGAUCAUAAAUGGGACACUACAGAACUGAAUAGGUCCAGGAGGAGGGGUUGACUUACAAAAAAAUUUGAUAGUGGGGGGCGUAAACCGGGGUGAGAUCCAGCCGACGUAUGUUUCAAGCCCCACGUAAUUUUUUUUUCUUUAGAGGUAUUACUGUCUUUCACUAAUCGUGAGAAGGACUCGUCGGCCUUUGAAAGUAGUCUACCCAUGCAUACUUCUGAUAUUCUCAGAGGAUCCCCGAAGCCGUCGUGCCCCUCUUCGUCCUCUUCGUCGCAGAAUCCGCCGUCUCCGAGCGGCUACAACGUCGGCGACAUUUACGACGGCAUGGAGCAAUACGUCGUCGGCGUCGGAGUCGGAGUCGGAGUUGGAGUUGGAGUUGGGCCAGCUCAGGACGCCUUCCAGCACCAACAAGGCUUUGAUCCUCAGGUAGAGCGAAAGAAGAAGAAGGGAAUAUGGAUUUUUAGAUGUUGUAUAAUGGAUUUAUGUUGAAAUAAAUUGUUCUGGUUCUGCAUUCACUUAAUUGGUCGCAUUUGGAAUGGCUCGUUGCGUAACGGUCUGAAAGAAAAAAUUGGAGCAUAGAAAAACUAUGAAGAUCGAUGAAAAGUUCGACUGCAACGCGUCCGCAUCGCUUUGAGCCAUUCCAAAUGCGACCAUGUUUUUUUUUUUGAGGUUUUCAAGAUUUUCAAGUGUUUUGUCCAAAACUUUAAACUUCCACACACUAUUUGAUAUUGAUCUUUUCCCUUUUCCUCAAAAUAAAAUCGAUAGAAUAGUGACGUAACCAAAACCCCAAAUAGAUGACGUCAUUCCUAGGAUGUCUCUACCUGAUCGGUGGCAUUUGGAAUGGCUCGACGCGGGGCGGUCGCGAAGCGGUCUGAAAAAACACACAAGCCCAGAAGAUUUUGUAAUAGGUGAAAAGUUCGACCGCGACGCGUCCGCAUCGCUUUGAGCCAUUCCAAAUGCGACCGCGUUUUUUUUAGAAUUCCCUUUUCUUUUUUCUUUUUUUUCUCAAGUUUUCAACUUCUCCACACUCAUUGAUAUUGAUCUUUUCUCGUUUCAAAAUAAAAAUCUUUAAAAAUGACCUCAUCAAAACCCAAAAUAUAAAUGACGUCAUUUCCAGGAUGCGACCUGGCAAUUAUCCCACGAUUGGCGACAUCAACAACAACAGCCACAAUCGACUGUGGCACCUCAGAACUGGCAUCAGUGUAACGAGCCGACGUCAUCGGCUAGCUGUGACGUCAGUGGAGGUUGAUGACGUCACCAAUUUCAUCCUCAUGAAGUCAUAUUUCCAGGCUCUUUAGUCCAAAAACCUACGAGCACGUCGUCGUAUUCUUCUGGCUAUCCACAGGAAAAGUCCUACAUGAAACGAAAUAGGUAACUUUUGCAACUCAACCUGGCCGCAUGGAGAAUGGCUUGAAUUAAAGCGCGUCCGACCUAAAACGACUUUCGCGCGGUCGCAUUCAAUAGUAUUAGAUCUCAUAACUGAGCCAUUCCACGUGCGACCACGACGCUUCCAGAAAUUUUUUAAAGAUUUUCUAAUUCUUAGGAAAACGGAGCAUCCGGUCUGGGAAUACUUCAAAAGAACUGCAGACGGGAACGCUCAAUGUACGAUUUGCGCGGCUGUUGGUCAGUUUAAUAUUAGUUAACAUGAGCAAUAUGUUCAUUUUCUGAGUAAUUUGAGCUGAACUAAUUUUUUUUCCUUCAAAGACCGUAACCCGGUCUUUACAGUACCUUGCGAUUUUUUUUCUCAAAAAUUACAUUUAUUGAAAAAUGUCUCGAACGGGUAUUGUACAAUCUUCGCUCUCAAAAAUUCCCUUUUUUAUUCCUCUCAAGUACCGUAACCUGACUUCGCUUUAAGACCCAAAAAUCACAAUUUAAUCGAUUCCAACUUUGAAAAAUCAAUAAUCCAACUGAUGACGUCAUCAAUCAAUAAUCUUUCAGUGAAAAGCCCGUGUUCAUCGAAUUUCAUGCGUCAUUUGAUGCGACACCACGGCGCCGAAUAUCACGACGUCUACGUGAAAUGGGUUCAGAAAAGGGGCGGAGUCAAGGGUGUUUUGCCACAUUGA